CCAAUUCAUCUCCUUCUCUCUCUCACCAUGAGAAAGCUCCGAGGCUUCAAGCUUCGAAAGCGGCUCGUUUUAUUCUCUCGAUGGCUCUGGGGAAAUAUCCGACCGGUGACUCGAUAUUAUAGGCUAAGCCAGGAGGACUCAUCGCUCGAGCCCAAGUUGUCGUCGAGGCUUCUCAGCUGGAGCCACCGGCUGAGUUUCCUCCGACGAGCUGAGUCGGUCCGGGAGAAGCCUAACCCGGUGCCGAAAGGACAGCUGGCGGUGUACGUCGGUGAAAGCGGAGGAGAAUUCAGCCGGGUUUUGGUGCCGGUGGUGUAUUUCAAGCAUAGGCUUUUCAUUGAGUUGUUGAGGGAAGCAGAGGAUGAAUAUGGGUUUGAACAUAAGAAAGGGAUUACUUUUCCUUGUGGGUAUUCGGAGUUUGAGCGGAUCCUGACCCGGAUCCGGGAUUGCCGGCAGUGGAGGAGCUCCGGCAGCUGCUGCUCCUAUUUACUUGGCUUCUACUACAAUUUGGCGGACUUUGUCAAUGAAGUCAUAAUUCAACCAUAUAUGAGGCAUAAACCUCCGACACAUGGAAACCAGUACAAUAUCAUCUCUCACUUAUAUUCCAUCGAGCUUGAUUGA